GUGGGCCAUAAAAAGGUUUGGCCCUUACGUUGGAAGUCGGCCUAAAGUCCGUUCGGUUUAUGGUCAAUUAGAGAGCACCUCAUUUGCAUCGGUCUUGGCAUGGCCAAAUGCGAAUGUCUCGUUGGCUUGGGCCUGGUUUCAUUGCUGUUCGCCACCUCCCUCGAUGCCUUUUGGCUUUGGAGGUGUUUGUACAAAGAAUUCCCAGUGGACGUCGAGAAGAUCAAGGGCGGCUGGUAUGUUUAUGGGACCAAUCCGCAGAGUAUAAAAGCUUGCUACUUCGAAGAUCUGGAUCUGUAUUGGACGAGAAUCACCGACACAGACUACGAUAACUACGCUGUGGAGCUCCACUGCUCCUUGCCUUGGAUGCGUCAUCAGAUGGCCAUAUACACCCGCCAACCGACACCCACUGAAAAGACUCUCAAAGCCAUAGAUGCCUACCUCAAAACCGUCCAGCUGUCGGUUAAAAACUUCACCUUAAUCCGGCAGGAAAAGGAUUGUCUCACCCAGAAGCCCCCAACCAUGCAGCGAUGGCAUUUGUCCCGGUACCUUUACAUGGACUACAAUCCGGUUUAUGUGAAGCCCUUGGUGGAGAACGAAAACAUCUGAGCCAGUGAUUGUAUCACAUCUCUGCUCUCCCACUGGCAACUUUCUUUACCCAGAAAUUUACAUAUGCCAAAUUUGGUACAGAUAUGCGAAUGUCUUAAAACAAAGAACGAACUUUCAAGAAAACCGAAGCUGAGAUACUCUGUUUAAUAGAAAAGAUUACACUUUUUUUACAGAA